AUGCACAAGGCUGAACAAGAUAGAAGACUUAUUCAGUUCCUCAUGGGAUUAAACGAAGUGUAUACCACAGUGCGAGGUAGUAUACUCAUGAUGAAUCCACUGCCUUCCAUGGCACAUGCCUUCUCUUUGCUCAUUCAGGAAGAAAAGCAACGAGAAGUGAAGCCACAUAAUCAACUCAUGCUCGAUUCUGCUUCUUUGAAUGUUAAUGUACCUUCGUACAAUAAUUUCAACAACAGAGCACCUAUGAAUAACAACUUCAGAACCAAUUAUUCCCCAAACAAUCAUCCUUCCACAAGUGCCAGACUACGUCAUUUCUGUGAUCACUGCAAACGUAUUGGCCACACCAAAGACAAGUGCUUCAAGCUCCAUGGCUAUCCACAAGAUUUUAAUCAGAAUCCUAAGUAUAAUAAAGGCAAAAGGACCACUGCUAAUGUACACACUACUCCAAUCGAUACAUUCUGCAUGAAAGGUGAAGAAACACAAACUCAAGGUAGCAACUCCAAUGUGAGUCUCACCAGAGAGCAGUAUGAUCGGUUGGUGACUUUGCUUCAACACUUUCAGACCAGCACUGGAGGUGAUAACUCAGACAACAAUGUUACUGGUGGAGCUGUGAACUUUGCAGGUAUUUUUGCUUGUUCAGCUUUUGUUCUCUCUGUUGAUUUUGGCCUGCUCUCAUGCCCCUUCAAUGAAGAGGCCUCUGGAGAUUGUUUGCACUGUCAACAUCCUGAAUCAUCUGUAGAUGUUCCCAUUUUCCAUUCACAAUUAGUUGUAAAUAACUCCAUCAAUUUAUCCUCCAUCCCUAUUCAGUUCUCAACUAAACAGCCUUUCCUCUGCUCCAUUUGUCCUAUGGCUAGACAACCUAGACUUGCUUUUCCUCACAAGACUAGUACUAUCACUUCCAUUUUUGAGCUUCUUCAUGUAGACCUCUGGGGACCCUACCACAUUGCUACUCGUGAUAACUACAAAUAUUUCUUCACCUUGUGGAUGAUCAUAGCAGGGCCACUUGGACCCACCUCUUAA